AUGUGGUGUAGUUUUAUGUGGUGUGGUGUGGUGUGGUGUGAUGCAUUGUGGUGUGGUGAGGUGUGGUAUAGUGUGAUUUGGUGUGGUGUGGAAUGGUGCAGUGUGGUGCAGUGUGGUGUGGUGCGGUGUGGUGUGGUGUGGUGCAUAUUGUGUGGCGUGGUGUGGUGUGGUGUGGUGGAGCGUAAUGUGGUGUGGGGCAGUGUGGUUCAGAGUGGUGUGGUGUUAUGCAAUAUUGUGUGGUGUGGUUUGGUGUUGUGUUGUGCAGUAUGGUGCAGAGUGGUGCCGUGUUGUGGUGUAGUGUGGUGUGGUGUGGUGCAGUGUUGUGUGGUGUGGUUGAGUGUGAUGUGGUGUGGUGUGGUGCAAUAUGGUGUUGUGCAGUGGGGUGUGGUGUACGUCUGGUAUGGAGAGGUAUAG